AAGUGCUUCGCGGCGGUGGCCCGGGCGACUCUUUUGAAUGGAAUCGGGCUGAUUCAUCGCCGGUUCGCAGAGCUAGACCCGGCCGAGUCUGAUCCCCUGCAGCCGCUGCCGCCGCCGCGUCACCGCCGCUGGAAGACCAGGCUCCAGACCGCGGUCCCCCGCCCCGCGCGCCUUCAGGAGAGAGAGGAAAAAAAAUAUUUGGGAGAAACCAUACCUGCCAGUAUUAACGCUGAAGUCAAGAAGAAAUUUGUCAGCGUCAACAAAUUGAAGCUUAACACCACACGAGUUGUAGUUACUGAUCAGAAAUAUGGACAGACUUCUUAGACUUGGAGGCGGUAUGCCUGGACUGGGUCAGGGGCCACCUACAGAUGCUCCAGCAGUGGACACAGCAGAACAAGUCUAUAUCUCUUCCCUGGCACUGUUAAAGAUGUUAAAACAUGGUCGUGCUGGAGUUCCAAUGGAAGUUAUGGGUCUGAUGCUUGGAGAGUUUGUUGAUGAUUACACCGUCAGAGUGAUAGAUGUGUUUGCUAUGCCUCAGUCAGGAACAGGUGUCAGUGUGGAGGCAGUUGAUCCAGUAUUCCAAGCCAAAAUGUUGGAUAUGUUGAAGCAGACAGGAAGGCCUGAGAUGGUUGUUGGUUGGUAUCACAGUCACCCUGGCUUUGGUUGUUGGCUUUCUGGUGUGGAUAUCAACACUCAGCAGAGCUUUGAAGCCUUGUCAGAGAGAGCUGUGGCAGUGGUUGUGGAUCCCAUUCAGAGUGUAAAAGGAAAGGUUGUUAUUGAUGCCUUCAGAUUGAUCAAUGCUAAUAUGAUGGUCCUAGGACAUGAACCAAGACAAACAACCUCAAAUCUGGGUCACUUAAACAAGCCAUCUAUCCAGGCAUUAAUUCAUGGACUAAACAGACAUUAUUACUCCAUUACCAUUAACUAUCGGAAAAACGAACUGGAACAGAAGAUGUUGUUAAAUUUGCAUAAGAAGAGUUGGAUGGAAGGUUUGACCCUUGAGGACUACAGUGAACACUGUAAACACAAUGAAUCAGUGGUCAAAGAGAUGUUGGAAUUAGCCAAGAAUUACAAUAAGGCUGUAGAAGAAGAAGAUAAGAUGACACCUGAGCAGCUGGCAAUAAAGAAUGUCGGCAAGCAGGACCCCAAACGUCAUUUGGAGGAACAUGUGGAUGUACUUAUGACUUCAAAUAUUGUCCAGUGUUUAGCAGCUAUGUUGGAUACUGUCGUAUUUAAAUAAAGCAAUGCAAAAAGCAAUUAUGAUACUUUCAGUGUAUAUUCCUAUAUAGUUCCUAAUGCUCAAAAUGAAGGGACCUCUGAAGGUGUAUUUCGUUAACUGUAAGACAUCUGGCAUCAUUUGCAGCACUGUAACACCUUCAGUCUCAAUUGUGCAAUUACUUCUGUUUCUUUAGUCAGGGUCUUUGCAGAUUCCAAAGUUGUAUAAGAAAGAAUACAUCAACGUGGACAAAUUUUGUUAAGAUCCCAUUUAAUAUUUGAAGAAAUCAGUCACACAAAUAUAUUUUGAUUGUUGCUUACAAAAUAAAAUACAUUUACAAUCUA